AGCGACAUCUAGAAAGCUCUGGGAUGUUUCGAUGUUGUGUUUCGUCGGCAUUUAUCGUUGUGUUUAGGAGGUUGCUGGAUAGCGAAAUCUAAAACAUGGAUAGAAAGAAAAAACAAUAUGAAGUUACUGCUUCAUCUCUUGUUGAUCUUAAAGCAGAACUCUACAGGAAGCAAGAGCAAUUCAAACAUGACAAACUGGAGCAAGAUGCUGGGGCUAGCGUUAAAUCCAAAUUUAAAAUCAAGAAACCUAAUCAAUGGAAACAGAAUGAAGGUGUUUCAGAGCGGGCACAGAAAGAUGAGGAGCAGAUGACAGAGGAAGACAAAAGUCUAGACAUGGCAAAGCGCAAGCUAGAGGAGAAGGCCAAACUGUAUGAGCAGAUGACUAAAGGAGACUUUCCUGAUGAGGAGACAGAGGCACUUUUCCUGGUGGAUUUCACCCAGAAGAUUAUUGACAAGAAGAGAGAAAAUCACACCCAACAGGAGAGCGAGAGAGAGGACCGAGAGAGCUCUUCCCCCAUCCCCCCACCUGAGAACCCAGACGAGGAAUGGGUGGAUUAUGUGGAUGGUUUGGGACGAUCCCGGAGAUGCCUGAAGAAAGACUUACCCAGAUUCCAGAAAAUGAACCGAGAGUUUCAAGGAAAAGGACGUGACCCGGCUGAGAAGGACCUGUUGUCAGAAGACAUGCGUCGGGAACUGCAGAGGCAGGAGUGGGAGAGGGAAGAGGAGGAGGCCAUGAACAGACCCGUGGGACCAAUCCACUAUGAGGACAUCAGGGAGCAAGAGGCCCGUGAGCUUGGUGUGGGAUACUUUGCCUUCUCUCAGGACCAGGAACAACGUAGGAAGCAGAGAGAGACUCUGGACAUGCUCAGAGACCAGACAACAGACCAGCGCAGUAAGAGGGAACAGCUGAAGGAGAAGAGGAAGACUAUGCUGGAUGCUCGACUUGCCAAGGUGAGGCAGAGGAAGAUGAAGAAGUCUAAGCUGGACGGGCCUGAAGGGAACCCGGGAACUGAACACAAUCAAGCAGAGGAAGACCUGAUUGGUCCCCUGCCUCCCUCCGAUGAAGGCGGUGAGAAGGCUCCUGUUGUGAAGAAGGUGGAGGUGGAGAUCCAGGAGAGGAGAGACACCAAGCCUGGAGUCCCCCAUGUCCGGGAGUGGGACAGGGGCAAAGUGGACUUUUUUGGUGAGUGGACAAGUCGUCGGCGGGACGAGAGGGAGACAGAGUUUGCCCCUCCUUCCACGUACUUCAGCGACGAUAAGAAACAGGGCUUCAGGAAAGGGGCCAAAUGGGAGCAGGACAAACCUAAAAUGGCCUUCAAGUGGUCAGAGGCCCUGGGUGGAGGGCGUAAAGAGACACUCCUGCCACAAGACAAGCCCAAAGGUUCUUCUGUACCCCAGCUUCAGCCCGAAAGUGUCCCUGUGCCCAAGCCUAGUACCCCUGUACCCUCUGAACCUCAACCCACACCAUGCCCUUCUCUCACCCAAAACACUGUCCAACCACAAAAAGCUUCAACAGACCCUCAUUGCCCAUCUCAACCAGCUCAACCCGAAUAUACACCGCCUCUACCUCAGAACCCCGCUACCCUACCUGCCCAGCCCCAAUACACACCGCCUCUACCUCAGAACCCCGCUACCCUACCCGCCCAGCCCCAAUACACACCGCCUUUACCUCAGAACCCCGCUACCCUACCCGCCCAGCCCCAAUACACACCGCCACCACCGACACAAACUCAGUUUGUUUCCCCGUUUCAGCACCAGUUUGCACCUCCACACUUUCAUCCCCAGUAUCCUCCUCCACCACACCUUCCAUAUUCAGCCCCACCCCAGUACCCUCUGCAAUUCCUCCCACAGUACCCACCGCAGUACCUCCCACAGUAUCCUCCCCAGUACCUCCCUCAGUAUCCUCCCCAGCCCCAGAGUCAGUGCCCUCCCCAGCCCCAACCCUCCGACCAAAGCCUGGAUGACAUGCUGGCCUUCUACAAGAAUUCUGUUUGAUUCAUAAACCUCCCUCGCACAGGUGAUUAGAACCUGGAUUAACCCAAAUGCAGUAACUCACUAUGUGUUAGACUAAUUGAGCACCAAACAAGGAUUGAGCGUUGUUAUUUAUAACCUAAUAUUUUUGUUUAGAGUCUGUCAUUAAAGCUUAAUUUCAAUUUA